AUGGAUCCCGAUGGCGAGCACCACGCGUGGCCAACUACGGACGAGUCCAGCGACGACGGCCACGACGACCGGCUUGGGUGGAUGGCCAGAAACGCCGCCAUGCCGCCUGUCCUCCCAGCUACUUCCGUGCCCGACCUGGACGGCUGGAUUGAGACGCUGAGGAGCUGCCGCCCGCUGGCCGAGGCCGACGUCGAGCGGCUGUGCGAACGGGCUCAACUCGUGCUGGCAGGCGAGUCCAACGUACAGCCAGUGGCAAGCCCGGUGACCAUCUGCGGCGACAUCCACGGCCAGUUCCACGACCUGAUGGAGCUCUUCCGCAUGGCCGGGCCGUGUCCGGACACCAACUUUCUCUUCAUGGGCGAUUAUGUCGACCGUGGCUACCAUUCGGUCGAGACCGUCAGCCUGCUGCUGGCCCUCAAAGUGCGCUUUCCGCGCCGCAUCACCAUUUUACGUGGCAACCACGAGUCGCGCCAGAUCACCCAGGUCUACGGUUUCUACGACGAGUGCCUGCGUAAGUACGGCAACCCGCGUGUCUGGGCUUGUCUGACCGACCUGUUCGACUACCUACCCGUGACCGCCCUGGUCGACGGCCAGGUCUUUUGCCUGCAUGGCGGCCUCUCGCCCAGCAUCGACUCGCUCGACCAUGUCCGCGCCCUCGACCGCCUGCAGGAGGUCCCCCAUGAGGGCCCCAUGUGUGACCUGCUCUGGUCCGACCCCGACGACGCCCCCGGCUGGGGCAUGUCCGCCCGCGGCGCCGGCUACAUCUUCGGCCCCGACAUCUCUGCUGCCUUCAACCACCACAACGGCCUCGAUUUUGUCGCCCGCGCCCACCAGAUGGUCAUGACCGGCUUCGAGUGGACCCACGACCGCAACGUCAUCACCAUCUUUUCCGCUCCCAACUACUGCUACCGCUGCGGCAACCAGGCCGCCAUCAUGGAGAUCAACGAACACCUGGAUAAUGAGCUCCUCCAGUUUGACCCGUCUCCUCGGGUUGACAUACCCUCACAGCCAAAGCAUAUCGAGAUCGAUGGUGCCUCGUUCAAGUCGCUUCUAACGGCCACGAUGAAGCACCAUAAGGAUAUCUUUGCGAUCAGAGAUUCUGGCGAGAAUUACGGUCUUUGCAAAGUUAUAUACAAAGAAUUCGAGAAGAGAAACGUCGAUCCAGAAGAGGCAAGAGACCUACCGAUCUUCUUCCGUGCAUUAGACAACAGAAUCGAACCGGAUGGGAUGAGAACAACGACGAGCCACAUGGACCCUGGAAUCACCGAGGGUGGACAAUGCAAGAAGGCCUACUUCCCAAUCGGCUACUGCAUUACACCUCUUCUCAGAUAA